CCCACAGAACUAUAUAUAUAUAAUUAACUCUUUUGCAUAUGGUUUACGAAAAGCUGAAAAAUCGUUACAGAUCCUAUUAACGUUACUCCAAAAAUGAAACUUCGGGCGCUUCAGACAAGAGAUGUUAAACGAGAAAUAAGUGAGCUUUGGCGGGCUAUGAACAGUGGAUUUAAAUCUGUAAAAACUGGUCGGGAAAGUGCAGCGGAGGUGAAGGCCUUGCUACAAGAAAGAUUUCAGUAUGAAAAUAGUUUAAUUUAGUAAUGACGUUAAGCUUUUAAUGUCAUGACGUCUUACUGCGUUUUAAAAAGGGCAUUAACAAUAGAAGUUGAGAAUUUGAUUGCGUACGACAAGACAUGGCAAACCAAGGUUGCGAAUCAAGCUAAAGAAACAAUUGAACGUAAAAUUAAAAUCAAUCAGAAUCCUUCAAAUUGCAGCAAUGCUCCAAUAUUGUUGACGCCUUACUUGCCUUGUGGUUUCGGUUGCUACGUACACAGCAUUGAGUGGGUCAUGUCGCUUUCAUUAUUUCUGAAUAAAGUCAUAGUCGUUGAUCAGUCAACAUCUCAUUACACGAAGAAUGUAACUAACGAUCCAUUCCAACCCAUGUCAACAUGUCAGUCUCAAAAUUACAGCAGGGAACUGUUUUCAGAAAUGAAUUGUGAACUUGAAGAAUGCAAGUUUAUAAAGAGCACGAAGCAAAACAUAACGUGCACCAAGUUUGUUUUAGUUAAUAAAGAACUGGUUCCACGACCACCUGGCUUGAAACCACGUUAUCUGUCUCAACAGUUUUGGAAUAGACUUUACAGUUUCCAUGGCAACCCAAAGGCGUGGAUCGCAGGACAUCACAUCCGCUACAUUUUGCGACCAAAACCUUUCAUGGAAGAUAUAAUUCAACAAGCGGAAAAAACUGUAAACUUCUCACAGCCAUUAGUUGGUAUUCAUAUCCGACGCACUGACAAGCUGACAAUGGAAGGGGAGAAUGCGAGGUUUAUCACGUUGCAACAAUAUCUCCCUCAUGUUGAUCAAUGGUACGACAAGUACGACUUAAGCCAAAGAAGAAAGAAUAUUACCAUACCAACUGAACGUAGAAUAUAUUUGGCAACUGACGACCCUUCAGUUUGGGAGGAAACAAAAGAAUUAGUAGGUUAUACAUUUGUGGGGUUUAAAAGAUUUUCUCAAGCUGCUUCUAACUUAUCAUCACGUAACUCACUAUCGGGAUUGUUAGGAGUAGUUGUUGACGUCACAAUGCUAUCAAAAUGUGAUGCUAUGGUUUGUUCGCUGUCUUCUGAGGUUCCAAACUUAGCCUUCGAGUUGAGACAAACGGAACACCUCGAUGCGUCUAAUGACGUCAUACCAUUGGAUCUCGGAUAUGGUUAUGAAUUCCUGGUUAGCAGAGUUCAUAUUGCGGUUUAUGCCCACAAAGCAAAAGUAAAAGCAACAAACGAAACCUUUGACGAAAUUGAACUAAUGCAAGGCGAUAUCCUUUUUACCAUCACGAACUGGUGGAAUGGUUUCUACAACGGGAUAAACGAACGGACCGGAGAGAAAGGUCUCUAUCCAACCUACAAAGUUGAAGUCUAUUACAACUUCAAUUUCGAAAAGUACGAAUACAACCUUGAGGAUAUAUUGGGCGAAAUUAAAGCUUCUGUAGAACUUGCAAACUUUGCUAAGGCAUAAAAGCUUGGACAGUGGAACAGCUAACACGAUCUGGUUUCAUUUGAAAUCUUUCGGUCUUCACCAUUUUAUUACGUGAAAAUUACAACAUACGUUACGCAAUUGCAAAGAAGCGAAACAUUGGAACAUCGUGGAAAGAACACGAGGCAUGAUUGGUAGAUUUCUUUCAUAAUGUACACUAAUUAACUUAGACGAAUACGACUUGUGGGUAGCGGAGUAGCAGUCAAA